CCAUUUCAUUCAUUCCGCUCCAAUACGAUGUGUGACAUCCUCGUCAAUAUCCCCAUUCCCUUGUAUAACAGACCCAAGGUACUUGAAACUUUCUCUCCUACGGAUGACUUGUGAAUCAAGCCUCACGUCUUCGUCCACUUCCCGAGUCGCGCUACUGAACAUGCACUCCAAAUAUUCUGUUUUGGUCUUGCUCGUCGUGCAAGAGAAACAUUCUGCCCCGGCUCUUUCAGGCUUAUGGAAAAUACCAACUGGUUUUAUUCUUGAGUCAGAGGAGAUCUUUACAGGAGUUGUGAGAGAAGUGAAGGAGGAAACUGGGAUUGACACAGAAUUUGUGGAGGUUAUGGCUUUCAGGUAACGAAAUUCUUCCUCUUCAAAGGACCAUAAGUUUAUCGUGACUACUUUAUGCCUUUUUA